AUGGGGUAUGAUGUCAUCUCUAUGAUAAGAAAACCCAGCCACGUUGAUCUGAGUGACAAACUUUCAUCAACCCUAACUUCUGCAAAGGUGAUUGCUGAAAAAGUCGAGAAUGAUCUCAAGUCUACAAAGUUUGAACUGGGCUGGGAAACGAUCGGAACGCAUUUGAUUCGGAACGUUUCAACACCACAGGUGACAGGAGAUAAGGUGAAAGUUGCAGCAUUUGACUUGGAUGGUACAUUGAUUACAACCAAAUCCGGACUAAAGUUUGGGAAAGGGCCCACUGAUUGGAAAUGGUGGGGAAAUUCCUCAACAAAAGUUCCAGAAGCUAUAGCGAAACUUUACGAAACUGGGUAUUUGAUAGUCAUAUUUACAAAUCAAGGAUCGGUCGUUGUUAACCACGGUAGCAAGUCAUAUACUAAUUUGAAAGCGAAAUUGAGCCUUGUUUAUAAAGAGUUUGUCAAGUUUGAAAUAAAAUCAAUCUACAUGUAUGCUUCGCCGAAGAAACCACUGAAGGGCCACACGUCAAGCGAUGAAAAGCACAAACUGACGCGGAAGCCGGAAAUAGGAAUGUGGCAAGACUUGGAAGCUGUUUUGACCGAGCAAGGGAAAAUCAUCGACUACGAAGCCAGUUUUUUCGUUGGGGAUGCAGCGGGUAGAAGAAAUGACUUUCUGAAUAGCGACUUGAAAUUUGCGCAGAAUGCAAAGAUAGAUUUCAAAACUCCUGAGGAGUUUUUCGAGGAAUGA